GUUCCUCUUGCGGUGUGUUGCUAUGGUAAGACUUCCCUUUGAAACAGGAAGUGACAGAGCUGUAAGAAAGAGGGCUGGCAGACAGCGUAGCUGUAGAGGGGAACAGUUUGGAGCGACGUCCUUUGUGUGGGCACGGUCGUCCUACCCUGAUGUGGCCAUGUCCAAGAAAAUGAACACUCUGGCAGUGCCAGCGGGUCAGAUGACCCAGGCAGUUUCUGAUGGGGAGUUGAACUUUAAGUUAACCAGUCGUGGCAGCAGCUCCAGCUUAUCAGAGAGCUUGAGCAGGUCAGGGGGUCCUCAAAGUCCUGAUGGUCCAGCCAGUCGGGUGGUGACGUGGGCGGUGUGUUUCGAACGCCUGCUUGAAGACCAUGUCGGUGUGCGAUACUUUACCGAGUUUCUGAAAUCAGAGGUCAGUGCUGAGAAUAUCCUGUUUUACCAAGCCUGUGAAAAGUUCAAGAAAAUCCCACCUUCUAGACUGGAAGAGCUGAAGAAAGAGGCGCGUUCCAUCUACGACAAUUUUCUUUCUGAAAGCUCUCUGCAUGCGGUUAAUAUCGACGAUACGGCCCAGAUGGAAGAGAGCGCCUUGGAGACGCCUACACCCGACAUGUUCGAUAAAGCACAGGCACAGAUCUUCAAGCUAAUGAAAAUGGACAGCUAUACGAGGUUUGUCCGCUCUCCACUGUACCAGAACUGCAUGCUGUCUUGUGUGGAGGGUCGUCCUCUUCCCAACAUUGGAACCCCGGAGCCCAAAAGCAGAAUGGCCAAAAAGAGUGCAACGCCACCUAGUAACAGAAAGAGUGUUGAGUUGAAAGUGCCCUCAUCUGACAGCAAGACCAACAGGAAGAAGAGGUUAGAGAAGAGAGGCUCAUGGGGAGCUGACCAGUCGUAUCAGCAUGUGUUGGUGUCUCGUAAAGAGUCUCAGAUCUCAGUGAAGUCUAACAGCAGUCUGGAAUUAGUCUCUGGAUUCGGGCGAGCUGAGAACGGACGCUGUAAUGUGGCCAUCUCUGAUCCAGAGGCCUUGAGUUGCGGUUCUCCUACAGCAGAUAAGUACUGCUGCGUCUACCUGCCGGACGGGACCGCCAGCCUUGCCCCUGCCAAACCCGGCCUGAGCCUCAGAGACAUGCUGAGUAGUCUGUGUGAGAAAAGAGGCUUUCCUCUGAAGGAUGUCAUCAUCUACCUGCACGGCAAAGAUAAGUUAUCUCAGCAGCCUCUUUCUCUGGAUCAGGACAGCGUUGUGUUUGGAGAUCAGCAGCUCACUCUGGAGCUCAAAAUUACAUUCACGCUGGAAAUUGUGUUUUUAGGAAGAACGAUAGGGAUCAUUGCAAAAUCGAGCAAGAGUUUGGGCGAUGCGCUUUCCACUCUCCUACAGAAACAUCAGCUGCGACCUCAGGAUGUGCAGGCUACUCUGAGUGGCUCAAAUGAUCCCCUAAAGAUGAACACAAAUGUGUUUCGUCUAUCCGGCAAAACGGUGCGUUUGGACAAAGCUAAAGCUGGUUCUGAGACUCAAGCCUCUUCUCCAACAUCCAAAACAAAUCCCAGACCCAGAAAACAUCAGGACAUGGAUGGUCUUGUUGAGCUGUUGAACCGUGCUCAGUGCAGUCGUGUGGAUGACCAGCGUGGUUUACUCACCAAAGAACAGCUGGAAUUACCACAGUUCCUGCAGCUGCCAGCAGGGAACGAAGAGCAGACUUCCUUCGACCAGACACAGGAUGAGGACUGCGCCCUUUGACCUGAGAACUAUUCAAGCACUAUUCAAGCAACUUAAGACUCAAAUCAGUUAGCUGUAUGGAGGAGAGAAACUCUUAUAAGGUUACGGCAAGUGUGUGUAUGUAUGUAUGUAUGUAUGUAUGUAUGUAUGAGCGAGUGAGUUGAGAUUUCUUAACCUGAGAGUGAUUGAGCCAGGUGUAUAUUUUGUAUAUUACAGACACUGCCAUGAAGAGCUCUUAAAAAUGCCGCCCAUCAAAUAAUGCAGAAUUAUGAGAAGUUGCUUUAAAAAAAAAAAACGAUCAAACUACAUUUGCCGGUUAAAACUAAUGUAUUUAUUUUCAUAUCAGAUUGUGUUGUGCAAUAUCAAGUGUGCUCUUAUUUAUUAGAACAUAUUUGGUAUAGGAACACAUUAGUAUGACUUUAUAUUGAGAGUUUUUUGUUCACAGUGAAUUUUAGUGUCUGAUUAAAAGAAGGUUUUGUGUGAGCUGGCGUGGGAAAUUGCACUGUGUGGCUUGUGGAGUUUUAUGCACUUUGUUUCGUGUGGUGACAAUCUGAUAUGAAAUAAGGCGAGCGAGGUCGUAUUUAGUUUUUAAAGGAGUAAUUUAUUUCUAAUUUCAGAAUUAAAUGUCAUUUCCACUCCAUGUUGUUCUAAAACUGUAUGACUUUUUCUUUUCUUUCUUUCUUUCUUUCUUUCUUUUUUUUUUUCUUUCAGAUCAUUUAGUUAAAAUGUUUUUGUUAUGUGGUUAGUGCUGCUCUUUUCUUUAAUAUUAAAGCAUAUAUUGGACAAAUUUAUGCAUUUAAAACUUAUUAAAUUAUUUUUUUCUAACCUCUGGAAUUCUAAGAAAAGGUUUAGAAUUGUGAGAUAUGAACCUGGAAUUUUGACUCUCUCAAUUCAGAGUUGUGAUACAUACUUUAUAAUUUAGACUGGCAAUUCUGUCUUUUUAUCUCACAACUGCAGAAAAAAAUAAAUAAAUAAAGGUAAUUGUGACUUAA